AUGAAACUAAACGAAUACUCAUUUCACAUAUUAGUCACUGCAAUUUUAAUCAUAGGAAGAAUCAACAAAAACGUGAAAGCAAACGAAAAGAACACAGGUGGACAACUAAAAGGACGUGGUAAUUUCCCACCACCAUUGUCUGGUCAAAGAAACAGAACGUUGAAUGGUCUCUCUGGCGACAAUGGUCCACAAAUCCACAUAAUUGUCAAUGCAAGUGGACCGGGUCCACAUCAGUAUCCACGAUUACCACCACCAUUGUCUGGUCAAAGAAACAGAACGUUGAAUGGUCUCUCUGGUGACAAUGGUCCACAAAUCCACAUAAUUGUCAAUGCAAGUGGACCGGGUCCACAUCAGUAUCCACGAUUACCACCACCAUUGUCUGGACGAAGAAACGGAACACUGAGUGGUCUCUCUGGUGACAAUGGUCCACAUCAGUAUCCACGAUUACCACCACCAUUGUCUGGUCAAAGAAACAGAACAUUGAAUGGUCUCUCUGGCGACAAUGGUCCACAAAUCCACAUAAUUGUCAAUGCAAGUGGACCGGGUCCACAUCAGUAUCCACGAUUACCACCACCAUUGUCUGGACGAAGAAACGGAACACUGAGUGGUCUCUCUGGUGACAAUGGUCCACAUCAGUAUCCACGAUUACCACCACCAUUGUCUGGUCAAAGAAACAGAACGUUGAAUGGUCUCUCUGGUGACAAUGGUCCACAAAUCCACAUAAUUGUCAAUGCAAGUGGACCGGGUCCACAUCAGUAUCCACGAUUACCACCACCAUUGUCUGGACGAAGAAACGGAACACUGAGUGGUCUCUCUGGUGACAAUGGUCCACAUCAGUAUCCACGAUUACCACCACCAUUGUCUGGUCAAAGAAACAGAACGUUGAAUGGUCUCUCUGGCGACAAUGGUCCACAAAUCCACAUAAUUGUCAAUGCAAGUGGACCGGGUCCACAUCAGUAUCCACAUUUUCCACCAAAAUUAUCUGGACGAAGAAACGGAACACUGAGUGGUCUCUCUGGUGACAAUGGUCCACAAAUCCACAUAAUUGUCAAUGCAAGUGGACCGGGUCCACAUCAGUAUCCACAUUUUCCACCAAAAUUAUCUGGACGAAGAAACGGAACACUGAGUGGUCUCUCUGGUGACAAUGGUCCACAAAUCCACAUAACUGUCAAUGCAAGUGGAUCGGGUCCACAUCAGUAUCCACAUUUUCCACCAAAAUUAUCUGGACGAAGAAACGGAACACUGAGUGGUCUCUCUGGUGACAAUGGUCCACAAAUCCACAUAACUGUCAAUGCAAGUGGAUCGGGUGCACAUCACCAUUUUUAUGGACAGUACGGUAAUAUUCAUCCUGGAUUAUUCGGACGAAGAUUUGGGUCACUGAGUGGUCUCUCCGGUGAAAGUGAUCAAUGUAUCUACAUAACUGUGAAUGCAGGCGGAUCCAUUUCCCGUCCAUAUUUUCCACCACCAUUAUAUAGACGAGGAUAUGGAUCACCGAAUGGUCCAUCCGGCGACAAUGGUCAUUGUAUCUACAUAACUGUGAAUGAAGGUGGAUCGAGUUCAUAUCCAUAUCAGUACUUUCCAAGACGAUUUUUUGGACGAAGAUAUGGAUCAUCGAGUGGCCUCUCCCGUGGAAAUGGUCCAAGUAUUCACAUAACUGUAAAUGCAAAUGGACUAAAUUCACAACACAAAAAAUAUGGACAGCACGGUAAAGUUCCACCAAUUUUAUCUGGACGAAGAAACGGAACAUUGAGUGGUCUAUCCGGUGACAAUGGUCAACAAAUCCACAUAACUGUAAAUGCAAGUGGACCGAAUUCACGUCACAAAAAAUAUGGACAGCACGGUAAAGUUCCACCAAUUUUAUCUGGACGAAGAAACGGAACAUUGAGUGGUCUAUCCGGUGACAAUGGUCAACAAAUCCACAUAACUGUAAAUGCAAGUGGACCGAAUUCACGUCACAAAAAAUAUGGACAGCACAGUAAAGUUCCACCAAUUUUAUCUGGACGAAGAAACGGAACAUUGAGUGGUCUAUCCGGUGGCAAUGGUCCUUCUAUCUACUUAACAUUCAAUUCAAAUGGAAAGAAUUCAACUGAUCAUGAUCGGGGACAAGGAGUUACUUUACCACCACGAUUAUCAGGACAUAAAUACAUGGGAGUCGUUGGUGAUCAGGAAAAUUAUGUGUUGCCUGAUUCCGUGGAUUUCAAAACAACCAUGUAUUACACAGAUAUUAAGACUUCAUCUUAUCAAAUAAAUAGAACAAAGUUGUAUUAUAGUAAAACAAAACAGAAAAAUCAAUAUAUUUUAACUGAAAGCACACGUGGUAACAGCCUGUCAUCAAACAAGACAAAUAGAUAG